CUCUUUUGGGCCUCAUCAAUUGAAGAAGUGAGUCCGUUGCAACAAUUACCAACUGACCACAAGAUGGACGUCCACACUCCGCUCACACCUCCAAACAACCCCGACGACAACGAGCCCUCCUACAUCGACUACGAAACCUUUCUCGACCCAUCCUUCAAACCGUCCACCUUCGCCAACACGCUCGUCCUCGCAACCAACAACCCCAAUGACUCCCCUCUCGACCUCUCGACCCCGCUCUCCAGGGUGCUCUUCGACAUCCAAGAGAUCGAUUCACACAUCGACCUGCUAACCACCCGCUCCGCUAUCCCCUUACUCUCACACACCCAAUCGCAGACCGAAGCAAGCACCCGCAUCCUCAACACCAUCGAAACCCAAAUCACGGCCCUCAACGACAGCUACCGCCAGCUCGAGCGCGAAGUCACGCAGAAACACGCCGAGGCCGACGAGGUGCGCACGGUCGCCGCCCGCCUGUGUGAAACCACCCGCCUUGCCCGCGCCGUGUCUCGCGCGCUGCAAUUGGGCCGUCAGCUCGAGGCCCAGCAUGCCGAGCUGACUGGCUCCUCCUCAACGAGCACUACUACUACUACUACGACGACGACGACGACGUCGUCGCGCGCCCGGGAAGACCACCGCGCGCUGGUGCGGUGCGUGCACACCCUGCUUGCGCUGCGGGAGUUGUUUGCUGGUUCUGCUGUGCCCGAGGCGGAAGGGUAUGGGUUAGACAAGGUUACCGUGGUGCGGACGCUGCGCGAGGGGGUGGUGGGACCCCUCGAGCGGGCGGUGCGGGAGACGGCGGAGCGGAUUGUCCGGGAGUUUUCGGUCGGGUCGGCGUCGGGGACGGCGACGUUUGCGCAGAGCGAGGAGGCGAGGGCUAGGACUGUGUCGGCUGUUACCGCGUUGUACUUGCUCACGCCGGUUCCUGUUCCGGUUUCUCCAGCUGGGGCUGGGGGUAAGGAGAAAGAGAAGUGGGUGCCCACGCUGAUGCUGCAGGCGCUGGAGGGGUAUUUGCGGUCUGCCCUGCAGAGCAGUGUGGCGGGCCUGUCGCGCGCGCUGGCGACGCUGCCGAGUUUGGAGCGCACGCUUGCUGAGGUUAGUGCGAGGUGUCAGAAUGUGGUGGCGCUGGAGGUGGUGUUGGAGGGGAUCAAGGUGCCCCCGCAUCCGCUGCUGAUUGCGGCGGGGAAGAAUCAGCCAGCAGCUGGGGAGAACAACAACAUGCUGCAGCCGUUACUGGCGUAUCUCGAGACGGGGUCGCUCGCGAGUUACUUCUGGCGCACCAUGGCGGGCAGCUUGGCGCCUCGCGUGCAGGAGAUUGUGGCCAAGGGGGGUGUUUCUGCCAGGACGCUCAAGACAAACCGCCAGAGCGUGGGCGAGGCCAUCAAGGAGUGCGUCGCCCGGGGUUGUAGGUUGCCGAGCGCUGUCGCUGCGGCGGCGAAGGGGAAGGGGAAGGCUACCGAGGGCGAGGCGACGACCAAGAAUUGGGAGAGGGAAGUCGCGGUUAUGGUGGGAAGUGUGGUCAACAAUCUUGGGCGGUGAUGGAGGGAGAUGCAGGGCUUAGGUAUGUGCUGUGGUGCAAUCUUUGGCAGGGUGAACUGCUAACCAUCGGAAGUUGUACGCGCCUUGCUCGCCGCCUGACCUGUAUUUCCAGCCCAG